AUGUUGCAGAAGGUGUCUGUAGUUCAGUUGCUGCUCGGCGUUUUCUCUGUCAGGGCGACCUACACCCCCGUCCACCAGGAAGGCUUCUGCGCUUUCUACGAAGACUGCGGGAAGAACCCAGAGGUGACUGGCAGCUUGAUUCCGGCCCGGGUGCCGUGCCUGUACAACGGGCCGGCCAAACGGGUGGCGCCGGGCAGGCACCUGGAGCUGCUGCGGCGGGUGUGCCCGAUGCUGGCGGGGCCGGAGGGCGCCGGGGCGGAGCCUCGGGCCUGCUGCUCGGCCAGGCAGCUGGAGGUGCUGGACAGGAGCCUGGCCAUGUCCAAGCCGCUGCUGAGCCGCUGCCCGUCGUGCGUGGACAACUUUGUCAACCUGUACUGCCAGAACACCUGCAGCCCCAACCAGAGCGUCCACAUCAACGUGACCCGAGCCUUCGCCGCCAACGUCUCCGGUCAGCUCCUCGACGCCGUGCUGGAGUACCAGUGCUACUACAGCCGCCGCUUUGCCCAGGGCAGCUACGACUCGUGCCGCGACGUCCGCAUCCCCUCCACCGGCGGCUACGCCAUCUCGGCCAUGUGCGGCAAGUAUGGCGCCACCCUGUGCUCCGCCGAACGCUGGCUGCGUUUCCAAGGGGACAGCUCCAACGGCCUGGCCCCACUCGACAUCCAGUUCGUGCUGGUACCGCCAACGGACAACGGCUCGGCGCCAGGCCCGGGCCCGGGAGGGGGCAUCGUGCCUUAUGACGGCAGCUUCCAUCGCUGCGACCGGCCCUCGAGCCUCGGGGGGCAGGCCUGCUCCUGCCAGGACUGCGUGGCCUCCUGCCCGGCGCUGCCCUCUCCCCCGGCGCCCCCCGGCCCUUGGGCGAUAGGCCAGAUGGACGGGCCCUUGGCGCUGGGCCUGGCCCUGUUUGGUGGGGCCAUCCUCCUCUUCGCCAGCUUCCUCCUCCUGUUCAGGCAGCGCCCAGACGCCCGCAAGGAGGGCGACAAGGCCCCUGCUGCUCCCUCAGCUCCCAUCUCCUCAUCCUCCACCUCCGCCACCCAGCAGAGACUGAGCUGGGUUUUCCAGAGCUGGGGAACGGCAGUGGCCCGGCACCCACUGCCCGUCCUGGUCACCGCCUGCGUCUUCAUUGUCGUGCUGUCCUGCGGCCUAUUCUUUGUCGAGCUGACCACCGACCCAGUGGAACUGUGGUCUGCCCCGGACAGCAGAGCCCGUCGCGAGAAAGCCUUCCACGACGCCCAAUUCGGGCCCUUCUUCCGCACCAACCAAAUCAUCGCCACGGCGACGGGGCAAGGCCCACCGGGGUACACCUACGACUCGGUGUUCUUCGGGCCCACGGCCUUCAACGGCCUGUUCUCCAAGGAGCUGCUGCUCCAGCUGCUGGACCUCCAGAACCGCCUGCAGGCCAUCAGCGUGUGGUCGGAGACGGCGCAGAGGAACAUCACGCUGAAGGACGUCUGCUACGCCCCGCUCCAGCCCGAUAACCCCGGGCCUACCGACUGUGCGGUCAACAGCCUGCUCCAGUACUUCCAGAACAACAGGAGCCUGAUCGACGCUGUCGCCAACCAAACCAUGGCAAGUGUCACCGGCACCGUGGACUGGAGGGAUCACUUCCUCUACUGCGUCAACUCACCUCUCUCUUUCAAGGACAGCACAAACUUGGGAAUGAGCUGCAUGGCGGACUACGGCGCACCAGUAUUCCCAUUUUUGGCCGUGGGCGGAUAUCAGGACGAAGACUACAGCAGGGCAGAGGCCUUCAUUGUGACGUUCUCUCUGAACAACUACCAGCCUGACGAUCCCAAGUAUGAAUACGUGAGGCUUUGGGAGCAGGAGUAUUUAAGGAUUCUCCAGGACUAUAAAAACAACAAGUCCAUCAAUUUCAGCUUCGCCUAUAUGUCUGAGCGGUCCCUGGAGGAUGAGAUCAACAGAACCACGGCGGAAGACCUUCCCAUCUUCGCCAUCAGUUACCUGGCAAUAUUUAUCUACAUCGCCUUGGCGCUAGGGAAGUACACAAGUUGGCGAACCAUCAUGGUCGAUUCGAAGAUCACGCUGGGCCUGGGAGGAAUCCUCGUGGUCUUGGGCGCCGUCAUCGCCUCAAUGGGUUUCUACGCCUACAUCGGAGUGCCGUCCUCGCUCAUCAUCCUCGAAGUGGUCCCCUUCCUCGUCCUCGCCGUCGGAGCUGACAACCUCUUCAUCCUCGUCCUCCAGUACCAGAGGGACGAGAGGCGAGUGGGAGAAGGGAGGGAGGAGCAGAUUGGCCGGGUGCUAGGAGACGUGGCUCCCAGCAUGCUCCUCUGCAGCAUCUCCGAAACGAUCUGCUUCUUUCUCGGUGCCCUCACCAAGAUGCCAGCUGUCCGCACCUUUGCAUUCUACGCAGCACUCGCUGUCUUCAUCGAUUUCCUCCUCCAGAUCUCGGCGUUUGUCGCUCUGAUGGCACUGGACGUGCGAAGAGAGGAGAAGGACAGAUUCGACAUCUGUUGCUGCGUCCGGGCAAAGGCCAGGAAAAAGAAGAGGAAAACCGAGGGGCUUCUGUUGCCUUUGAUGAGGGAAUAUUAUGCCCCAUUUCUGCUCCACUCCGUCACCAGGAUCGUGGUGAUCAUAUUGUUUCUCUUCAUGUUGUGCGCUGCGAUAUUCUUAACCCUUCACGUUCGAGUGGGUCUCAAUCAGGAACUCUCUCUCCCAAAGGGCUCGUACAUGUUGGAUUAUUUUGCGGCCUUGAACAAAUACUUUGAAGUGGGCGUGCCUGUGUAUUUUGUCACCACCGCCGGCUACAAUUUCUCCACCGUCAACGGAAUGAACGGGGUCUGCUCCAGUGUGGGAUGUUACAACAACUCCAUGACCCAGAAGAUCCAAUAUGCCACCAGGUUCCCUCAGGAGUCCUACAUGGCCAUCCCAGCAUCCUCCUGGGUCGACGACUUCCUUGACUGGCUCAAUCCGAUCUCCCGUUGCUGCCGGCUCUUCGCUUCGGGACCCAACGCCGGCCAGUUCUGCCCGGCAACCAACAAUCAGCUGAACUGCCGGAAGAAGUGCAUGAAGUCAAAUCAGACUGGCAUCAUCCGGCCAGACGUCAAGCAGUUCAAUCUGUACCUGCCUAGUUUCCUGAACGAUACUCCUACUCUGCAGUGCUCCAAGGGGGGUCUGGGAGCGUACGGGAAUGCGGUGAAAACAGGACCAAACGGCGAGAUCUUGGCAUCCAGGUUCAUGGCUUACCAUACACCUCUGAAAGAUUCACUGGAGUACACUGCGGCUCUGAGAGUGUCUCGUGAACUCGCGGCCAAUAUCACAAAGAGCAUGAGGGAGAUCCCGGGGACCGAUCCAAACUUUGAAGUCUUCCCCUACACGAUUACCUAUGUAUAUUACGAGCAGUACCUGACUAUAGUGAUCGAGGGGAUCUUCAACAUCGGCGUGUGUCUGAUCCCAACCUUUGUGGUGUGCUGCGUCUUGCUGGGAAUGGACAUUCACUCCGGCCUGCUCAACCUGCUCACCAUCGUGAUGAUCAUCGUGGACACCGUGGGAGUGAUGACGCUCUGGGGUAUUGACUUCAACGCCGUCUCCCUCAUCAAUCUGGUGACAGCAGUUGGCAUCUCCGUGGAGUUUGUCUCUCACCUUACACGCUCCUUCGCCAUCAGCACCAAAGGGAGUAAGGUGGAGCGGGCAAAGGAGGCCACUUACACCAUGGGCAGUGCGGUCUUUGCUGGCGUGGCGAUGACCAACCUUCCCGGAAUCAUCGUCCUGCACUUCGCUCAGUCCCAGCUCAUCCAAGUCUUCUUCUUCCGCCUCAACCUGGUGAUCACCUUACUGGGUCUGGUUCACGGCCUGAUCUUCCUGCCCGUCCUCCUCUCCUACUUCGGACCAGGCAUCAAAACUGCCCCAUUGCUGCAACAGCAGCCUAUUAAGGAGGCCAUGCCAGAUAAAAUGUACCUAAAUGGUUGCUUUCAUAACUUUGGCUACGAGGGAUCUGCUGAAGACAAGAAAGCCAACUCAAUGACACAAUGUAAUGGAUCGACUAGGACAGAGGAACCUACAGCACCCGAAGAGACAGAAACCUCAUCGGAGAAAGGAGCUGACUCAAUAGGAGCUCUAACGGACACUAUCUCCACCGUCACUUCCUUUUGA